UCCCUCCAAUCAAAUGUGGACGACAGUGAGUUAAAAAAAGACAAGUUAGACAUCUCCAAUACAUCAAGGAACGUUGUGUUGGAAUAAUGUGGAGAUGGAAGUCUAAGAGGAUGCUUGUUAGGACUGCUGAACUUUGACAUUUUAAUGUCUGGAUUUCUUUUAUCUUAAACCAGGAUGUCAUGGAGUCUACAGACAAUCAAUGCCUCUUCUAAGCAGGUUUUGGAGCUUUGCAGGCUCUUUGCAUGUCAUCAUGGACAAUGCUGUGGUCUGGAACGUCACGCCAAGCCUCUGCCGGUACUGCGGACUUAAACACAAGUGAUGCUUGGACUUCUUAAAGAAGGAAAGAAGGAGCAACUUUUUUAUUUGCAAUGUCAAUUAGCAGUUUUACUUAAUGUAGCCCAGAUGCUGUAGUUCUUGCUGUGUUUUGAACUCUCAAAUAACUGAUGCAGAGAUGGAAGUCGGCGGUGCUGGACCACGUCACAUAAAUGGGACGCGGCGAGGGAUGCUGAUGAUGCUCCCGUGGAUUAUCCUCUGCACUUCUCUGUGGAUGGUGGUGAACGGCCAGAUGAAGAUCUCCCCGGAGACUGUGCAAAAGUGGGCUGUGACCUUUGGUAAAGAGAUAGCGGCGCUCUCCACCAAAUACUCCGGAGCUAAACUGCUACAAAAAAAAUAUAAGGACGUGGAAGGCGUGCUGAAGAUUGAGGAGGUGGAUGGCGAGGAACUGGUGAAGAAGUUUGCAGAGGAGAUGGAGGAGAUGCUCGGGAGGAAGAUGAAAUCUGUCAAGAGGUUAGCAGAAGCAGCAGAGGAAGCUGAUCUUUACCACGAGUACAAUGAUACGCUGGAGUUUGAAUACUACAAUUCAAUGUUAAUCAACAUGGUAGACGAGGACGGCAAUUCGCUGCCUCUGGGAGGAGAAUUCCCCUUGGAGGCCAAUGAACACUUCAGCAAACUGCCCGUCAGCACGCAGCAAAGCAACAUCCAAGUCCCUACCAACGUCUACAACAGAGAUCCAGACAUCCUCAAUGGGGCGUACAUGUCGGAGGCUCUGAAUGACGUGUUCAUAGACAACUUCCAGAAGGAUCCCACGCUUACCUGGCAGUACUUCGGCAGCUCUAGCGGCUUCUUCAGGCUCUACCCGGGGAUCCAGUGGAUCCCAGACGAAAACGGGGUGGUCACAUUCGACUGUAGGAACAGAAACUGGUACAUCCAGGCGGCCACCUCCCCUAAAGAUGUGGUCAUUGUGGUGGAUGUGAGCGGCAGCAUGAAAGGACUCAGACUCACCAUUGCCAAACACACCAUCAACACAAUACUGGACACGCUGGGAGAGAACGACUUUGUCAACAUCAUCGCUUAUAGCGACUACGUUCGCUACGUGGAACCGUGCUUCAAGGGAACUUUGGUACAAGCUGAUCUGGAUAACAGAGAGCAUUUCAAGCUCCUGAUUGAUGAGCUCCAUGUGAAAGGAGAGGGCAAAGUGAAGAAUGCGAUGAAAGAGUCGUUCAAGAUCCUCAAUGAGGCUGCAGCCCUCGGCCAGGGCAGCCUGUGCAACCAGGCCAUCAUGCUGAUCACAGACGGCGCCAUGGAGGACUUCCAGGAUGUUUUUGAAGAGUUCAACUGGCCAGAUCGGCGGGUUCGAGUGUUCACUUAUCUGAUUGGACGAGAGAUGACGUUUGCUGAAAAUGUCAAAUGGAUCGCCUGCAAUAACAAAGGUUACUACACGCACGUCUCCACGCUGGCCGACGUGCAAGAAAACGUCAUGGAGUACCUGCACGUUCUCAGCAGACCCAUGGUCAUUAACCACGACCAUGACAUCAUUUGGACUGAGGCCUACAUGGACAGUGUGUUACCAACCACGAAAGAGCUGUUCAACAGCCAAGCUCAGAGUUUGCUCCUGAUGACCUCGGUCGCCAUGCCGGUGUUCAGCAAAAAAAAAGAGACCCUGACUCAUGGAAUUUUACUGGGAGUUGUUGGGACGGACGUCGCACUAAGAGAACUGAUGAGAUUAGCGCCCAGAUACAAGCUGGGUGUCCACGGUUAUGCCUACCUCAUCACAAACAAUGGCUACAUCUUGUCUCAUCCUGACCUCCGGCCUCUGUACAAAGAAGGGAAGAAGCUGAAGCCCAAACCCAAUUAUAACAGCGUCGACUUGUCCGAGGUGGAAUGGGAGGACAUGGAGGAGAUGCUAAGGACAGCCAUGGUCAAAGGAGAAACUGGUACCCUGUCCUUAGAUGUGAGGACUUCAGUGGAUAAAGGAAAACGAGUGAUGUUCCUAAAAAAUGAUUACUUCUACACCAGCAUCAAUGAGACACCUUUCAGUCUUGGCAUAGUGCUGACCAGAGACAAUGGACAGUAUAUAUUCAUUGGAAAUGUAUCUGUUGAAGAGGGUCUUCAUGAUUUACUUGCACCUGAUUUGACCAUAGCCAGUGAAUGGACCUACUGUGAGACCGACAUUGACCCGGCACAUCGUAAGCUCAGCCAGCUGCAGGCUGUGGUCAGAUACCUAACGGGCAAAGAACCAGACCUAGAGUGUGACGUGCAGCUCUUGCAGCAAACCUUAUUCGACGCAGUGGUGACGGCGCCAAUGGAAGCUUACUGGACGGCCCUCAUGCUCAAUCCAGCUGGUAUGGAUGAGGGCAUGGAAACAGCCUUCCUGGGCACUCGUUCAGGCCUGAUGAGGUUCCAGCGAUACAGUGGCAUUGAAAAGAGAGUUGGCAAGUCUUUCCUGACUUCCAUGGACAAGGAGAACAUGUUCACGCUGGAUCACUUCCCACUGUGGUAUCGCCGUGCAGCCGAGUACCCUGCUGGACAGUUUCUGUACUACAUGCCCCGACAGGAGACCAGAGCUGGAAGGAUCGUGAUCGCCACCACUGCCAUCACUGUGUCAGUGGGCAAGAGAACAGCCAUCGCUGGAGCUAUUGGUGUUCAGAUGACUCUGGAGGUGAUGGAGUCCAAGUUUUGGGCCAUUGCAUCACAGGCAAACGACACAGAUUGCUCGGCUGUGGAGGGAGUGUGUCCUCUUCGCUGUGACGGCUUUGAUAUGGAUUGUUACGUGAUUGACAAUAAUGGAUUUGUCCUUAUUUCCAAACAGAGAAAGGACGCGGGAAGGUUCUUUGGCGAAGUUGACGGCUCAGUGAUGACCACACUCAUACGAAUGGGAAUGUUCAAAAGGGUGUCUCUGUUUGACUACCAGGCCAUGUGCAAGAUGAACAUUCACUCCAUCAGCGGAGCCCGGCCGCUUCUUAGCUCAUUUUAUGGAUUGGCAUCCGCCCUCAAGUGGUUCCUCUCCAACUUCCUCCUCUUUCUCCUUGAGUUCAACAUCUGCGGAUUCUGGCACACGGAGCAUUUUGCAGACGGCAAGCCAUCCUCUAGCGCGUCGUACAUACACAAGAAGAAGGGGGACAUCCUGCAGCCGUGUGACACAGAGUACCCCAGCUUCGUCUAUGAGCCGUCGGUCAAAGAGACCAACAGUAUCAUUAAGUGUGGACGCUGCCAGAAGCUGUUUGUGGUGCAGCAGAUCCCGGAGAGCAACCUGCUGAUGCUGGUGGUCCAGGCCGACUGUGACUGCUCCAAACAGCACCCGUCCAUCACCAUGGAGCCCAAAGAAGUCAAAUAUAUCUCCUCAGUCAAAUGUGAGCGGAUGCGAUCCCAGAAGAUCCGCCGCCGGCCCGAGUCCUGCCAUGCUUACCACCCUCAGGAGAACGCAAACGACUGUGGAGGAGCGUCCGCAGCGUCCCUUUCUGCCUUGCUGGUCCUUCUUUGUCCCCCAGUCGCCAUGUUCCUCUCGCCAUGGUGACCCAUCCUGUUGCCGGACACCACAAGUGGAUUUAUUUUGUAUGUCUCAGUGUGCGUUCACACUGGUCGUGUUUGCUUGUGUUAAAAGGAAGUCCGGUGGUUGGGUUGGUCUCACUUGUGCUCAAAUGUAAACCACCAAAGACUCAAUCAGUGUUAAAUCACAGCAAAAAGCAGAGAUGGUAAAUAUGUAAGAACAUGUGUUGGAAGUGCACCGAAAUGCGCUCAGAACCACAAGUCUGAAUGCAUUUUUGACGUUGUUUUGGUUAACUACAGUGAAAUUGGCUGCUGUUGCCAUGGUCACCACUCCAUUAGUUACCUUCCUUGCAUGUCAAAGUGGAAACGAAGGAGAAGCAAGUGGCUGCUGUAACUCACGGUGAUGAAUUAUGAAUCACAUGAGCGAAUGUAAUGACUUUCUGAUAUACCUUCACUCCACUUAGAGUUGCAUAUGGCCGCGCUAUUCUAAAUACAGUAUAUGUGCAUCUCAAUAAAUGUAAUAGUCUUGGAAAGUUAUUUGAGGUCAGUAGUUCAAUUCAGAUUACUCGACCAAGUCAACUAAUUGUCCUAGUCUAGGAAAUACUGAAUGUUUUUUUAUAGCUGUAAAGUAGGGGUGUCCCGACUCCCGAUCCGAUAUUGAUCUAAUAUCAUCAAAAAAUACUGAUUUGGGAUUAUAUAAGCCUGCAUCUAAAACGUCAGAUAUAAGAACUGCGAUAGUAGCAGUCUAAUGGCUCUUCUUGCUGGCUUAGCAGACUGAUAACAUCGUGUCUUCAUUUGAGAGCAUUUUACUUCAAAGCACUGUAAAAGUGAACACAGAAAUAAAGUAUGUCAUAACGUACAUGGGAUACUAACUAGCUUCUCUGUGACAUUCCAACACAAAAGAAAUGCAUUAAAGCACAUUAGCUAGCUUGAUGCUAAUUUACAUUGGCUAUGCCAUAGACAUGCUACUAAUUAGCAUUAGCGAUUUUACAUGGUGAUUUCAACACAUUUGUUAAUGAAAACUACAACUAUGAUGCACGUUACAAUCAAACAGCUGGUGUGUAAUAAGUUCAAUACUUACUUACUCAACAAAGACUAAAUGGGCCCAUUUAAAUUAAGACUACUUUCUGACUAUGGCAGCACACCUCGGACAAACUGAAAUUAAUGCUUUAAAUCAUUCUCAGAAGUGGAAUUAAAACUAAAUACAACAACUAGUUUGCAGUCCAUUCCAGACUCUGAUCUGAUCUCUGAUUCUGUCCAGCAUGCAGAGCCCACGUGAUCACAACAUAUCACUUGAUCAAUGCUUCUAUAACAUUACACGCUAAAAAAUAAGUCAAAAGUAUAUGUUAUUUGUGGUGAUAUCAGAUCAAAAUAGGUAUCGGCAAAUGGUCAAGGCUGCAACAUCGGAAUAAUAGAAAAGCGCUAUAUAAAUCUAAUCCAUUAUUAUUAUCAUUAUUAUAAAAAAAAUUUUAGCAUUAUCCUUACUGUAAACUCUGUAAUGUGUUAUAUUUAAUAGCUGAGGGUUUUACUUUUUUUAAUUGAACUACUGAAAUUCACUUUUCAAAGAUAUUCUACUGUAUUGAGAUGCUUCUCUCUAUAUAUGGAUUUAUAAAUAAUUCCUUGGUUCGCUUAUCAAAUUAAAUGGUCACUCACAACAAACAUUUGUUACCCUUUAAAUUAACAGUUUAAAUCUAACUACAUGUGGUAUUUUUGUACAUUUCUACUCGUUUCAUAUGCUUUUCUCCGCCCUGUUGCAUGUUUACCUCAAAUUCCCUGACUGUUGACCCAUCUUUAUUGCUUAAACCGUCAAACAUACUCAUUCAUAUUUUUGUCCUUCAAACUUCACACUAUUGUUUGUGUCUAGACUGUACACUGAUGAACAAAGCCAUUAUUUAUACAUUAAAUUAUCUCCAUGUUUUGUACUGUCUAGUGUCUGUGUGAGUUGAUUUAGGUUGGUAUCAU